AUGUACAAAGUUAGACAGCCAGCUCGAUUCGCUGGUGAACCAGGGAGUACUCGGUGGAUAGAGAGCCGUGCAGAAUAUCGAAAAAACACAAAAUUGAGUAUCUGGCCAGCCUCACCGCCGGCGAAGAGAAGGAGCCACAGCGAAAGCGCUACAGAGAGGAAUGAUAAGGACAGAAAGAAAGGGAAAGAAAGAUGGAAAGACAAAGGGAAAAGCAGAGAAAGAGAAGACAGAGAUGAAAAACGUAAACAUCGAAAGUUACAGAGAAACGUGGAGAAAACAGAGCAAGUCAAUAGCAUAGAGGACAUUGGCCCAAUGCCCUUGCCACAAGACAUGGUUAAGUUGAGCGAUAAGGAUUUUGGCAGGGAGAUGCUUAGAGGAGAGGGUACCGCAAUGGCACAGUUUGUCCAAGAUGGACAGCGUAUACCAAGACGUGGAGAAAUUGGAAUUGAAAGCGGUGAGAUAGAUAAGCUUGAGCAAGCAGGCUACGUAAUGUCUGGUAAUAGACAUAAGCGUAUGAAUGAAGUUCGAGUGAGGAAGGAGAAUGAAGUUUAUACCGCAGAAGAGAAGCGUAAGAUGGUUAAAGAGGCUGCAGAGGAUAAGAUGAAGCGGGAGAAUGAGGUAGUCGCGUCUUUCAAGGAGCUUGUAAGCGAGAAGCUCAAGGGGAAUAAAAGAUGA